GUAAUUUACACCAUCAUUUUUGGCGCCAUCCGUGGGACCGUCAAGGUUUCUUCUCUUCUAAAACCUACCCACAAGAAAACCACUCGAAAUGUCUUCCAGCCAACAGAUCAACGCUACCUCCGCUCAGGUGCAGGCCACCAAUGAGGGCACCAGCAUCCCUGUGGCUGCUACCAUACCGGUCAUUUCGGCCCCUGUGUUGCCUUUGGGUCUGAGCUCUGUCCCGACAGCCAGCGUGAUCAGUCCCUUCGCGACCUCCGUCCCUUCCGCUGGACCGAGGGUUACAUUCCCACCAAGCAUGGCUCAGUUCAUGAAUGACCCAGCCAACCUACAAGCCAUCCAGGGCUUUGGCCAGGUCAUGGCCAUGUGCCAGCAGAGCGGGGGGAUGCCUUUCCUCCGUGGUAUGUUCCCAUUCGCCCUUCCAGGCGCGGGAACCAUGCCCCUACAAGCUCCGAUGGCGGUGACGUCGUUCCAGACGCCGAUGCCGCAGCCAUCACCUUUUCAGCCCCAGCUGGUCAGCACCAUGGCCCCUGUCAACUUGACCGGCGCACUUAACGCUGCAGGGCCGUCGCGUCCCCCGCAGGGUACGAAUCCGCAGGUCACCCCUGAUGGUCAUUGCGUCUCAAUUGAGAACGAUGACGGCGAGUGGGACGUUCCAAGGGCCCACAAGAAGAAGAAAGGAAAAAACAUCCGGCCAGCGACCUCCCGAAACUCCGCCUUCGAAAGGCUGGGGGAUAAGGAGGAAGGCCAGAGGAAGUCAGCCAAGCAAAGGCUGGGGCAGAGUGUUGCCCAUGUCAGCGCGUUCGCCCGGCUAGGCGAGGUGCGGGAGGCCGAGCCUGCCCGCACCCGGCGCUCCCGGUCUAACCGGCAGGAGCUAGCAAGGACGAGGGCCUCUCGUCAGGAAGAGGAAGCAGAGAGUCAGCCCAGAUUCACCGGGAAGGAAGAUCCGGAAAUCCAUCUGGACUCCUUCAACCAGAGUGCGACCAUGAACGGUUGCACCGAUGAAGAAAAGUGCCUAGUUUUCUUCCAGACCUUGCGGAACCGAGCCACUGAAUGGUUCAAUAAGCUUCGCCCGGGAAGCAUUGACUCGUUCAGUGAUUUGGCCUCAAAAUUCAAGGCCAAGUUCCAGGAGAAUUGUACUAAGAGGAAGAAAUUCACCUAUCUUAGUACAGCCGGGCAGAGGGAGUCUGAGAACCUUACUCAGUUCCUUACCCGGUG